GCUGGAGACAGGGCAUCCUUCCCGUGACGUCACAUCAGCUGCAUCCGCCGCUCGCGCUUUAACAUCCAGCCUGUCAUAAGGCUCCUUUGGUCCUGUUCGGAAAAUAAUUCUAAAUAAUAAUAAUAAUACUAAUAAUAAUAACGCGCUUUAGCUCCGGGGAAUAUCUCAUUCAGGGGGUAGAAAGAAAAGAUGGCUGCCCAGGAAGUGCAGCCGAGCGAGACCAUAGCGAAGCUGAAAUCAGAGUCAGAGACGCUGAAGACGAAGCUGGAAGAGGAGCGGGCCAAACUGCAUGAUGUGGAGCUGCACCAGGUGGCAGAGAAGGUGGAGUCUCUCGGCCAGUUCGUCAUGAAGACCAGGAGAACUCUGAAAGGACACGGCAACAAAGUGCUUUGCAUGGACUGGUGUAAAGACAAGAGGAGAAUUGUGAGCUCGUCCCAGGAUGGAAAGGUGAUUGUGUGGGAUGCGUUUACAACCAACAAGGAGCAUGCAGUGACCAUGCCAUGUACAUGGGUGAUGGCCUGUGCGUACGCUCCGUCUGGAUGUGCAGUAGCAUGUGGUGGUCUUGACAACAAGUGUUCUGUGUACCCACUAUCCCUGGAUAAGAACGAGAACCUGGCAGCGAAGAAGAAGUCCGUGGCAAUGCACACCAAUUACUUGUCUGCCUGCAGCUUCACCAACUCAGAUAUGCAGAUCCUGACAUCGAGUGGUGAUGGAACGUGUGCAUUGUGGGAUGUGGAAAGUGGGCAGCUGCUCCAGAGUUUCCAUGGUCAUGCAGCUGAUGUGCUUUGCCUGGACCUUGCUCCCUCUGAGACUGGCAACACCUUUGUCUCUGGGGGCUGUGAUAAGAAGGCUAAUGUAUGGGACAUGCGCUCAGGACAGUGCAUCCAGUCAUUCGAGACCCAUGAGUCAGAUAUUAACAGUGUGCGGUACUAUCCAAGUGGGGAUGCAUUUGCCUCUGGCUCAGAUGAUGCUACUUGCCGUCUGUACGACCUGAGGGCCGAUAGAGAAGUGGCAAUUUAUUCCAAGGAGAGCAUCAUAUUUGGAGCUUCCAGUGUAGACUUCUCACUCAGUGGCAGACUACUAUUUGGUGGCUACAACGACUACACCAUCAACGUGUGGGACGUUCUAAAGGGGACCCGUGUAUCCAUUUUGUUCGGACAUGAGAACAGAGUCAGUACCCUUCGCGUCUCUCCAGACGGGACAGCGUUCUGCUCAGGGUCCUGGGACCACACUUUACGGGUCUGGGCUUGAACAGCGGUACGCCUGCAUUGCCUGCUAGGUUCUCUCUGGCAUUCACAUCAACAGCAACAUUCACUAGAACAACUAUUGACUUAAAGUGUUGGAUUUGUAAGAAAUGCACAGUAGAGUAGAACAGGGUUGAAGAGAGACUGUCGUCUAUACAGACAAGAGCACAAUGUUAUUUAGUUUUUUUGAUAAAUAUAGGACCAAAACUUGGCCAGAAACACUAGCUGUGUCUCAAAUCAUAUACUAUGGGCUGUUUAUCAGAGUAAAUAUUUCUCACUAAUACAUGAAGUGCAUGCAAUUUAUAAACAACACUAUAAAUAAUGGAGUAUAAUUUCACACUACUUCUCUGUGUUCAUACGUCACCUGGUAUCUUCAACUAUGAGUGAAUAAACGAGCCAGUGCUUGAAUGGAAUAAGUUAAUAUACAAAUGUCAGCAGUUGUGAGGAAGGUUUCUUAUAUUUAUAAUUUAAUGAGGCAGUUGCCUCUUUGUUUUUCUUUUUUUAAUGAACAUGAACAUACUAAUGAUUCAAUCAUAUGUAAAAUGGCAAGGUAAUACAUGAAAGUAUUAGAUUUCAGCUGUCUAUAUCUAUAUACUUAUAUACAUCUAUACUCUUCUGCUAUAGGAUACUUCAUAUCCAUCAACUCUAUACUAAUAACCAGCCCUCUUCUUACAAACUCCUGUAUUUGGCCAUUUUAUUACGGUUAUGUCUAGGCAAAAAAAAAAAAAAAACGUUAGUUAUUCAAAAAAAAAAAAGUUCGAAAUGUA